AUGUUUGAUAGUUUUAUUAAUGUAACUGAAGCAAUGAAUGUGAACUCUGUUCAUUUUCAUAACCGUUUAACAAAGGUUGAAACAUUACUCAAAGAUUUAGCUGCCAAACAAAACAAUUGGAUUUUCAUAACUUAUCUUACAGGAUUAUUUAGUGUAUUUACAAGUAGUUUUCGUACUAUCUUUGUUAGACUGAGUGAAAUUGAAACAGCAUUAGCGUUAAGUAAAAUCUCUAUUUUGCAUCAGUCAAUUGUGAACUCUACAGAAUUAUUGUAUCAUUUAAAUGUAAUUUCCAACUCUAAAACCCUAGCUAUCAUUCCCAAAUAUCCUUACCUUUUGGCGAAAGGAAUCAAAUACUUACCGCUUGUAAAACCAUGCCAGUCAUUUUCUACCGGCAAUCAGUUCCUGUGUACUGCAGACAACCGAGCGUUGUAUUAUGAACUCACCUGUAUAGAGCAGCUUAUGAAAUUCGAAGAUGACCUUAUUUCCUGCAAGCAGCAUCAGGUCCAGAUCGAAAAGAUUAAGGUUCAGCAAAUCAACCCAAAUAGCUGGCUCCUCUAUAGUAGACUGAGGACGAUAUUGACGAAGCGAUGCGGCCAUGAGGUCAGCAAACAACUUGUAUUUGGCACUUACCUGAUCACAAUCGACGAACCGUGUGAGCUAGAAAUUUAUGGAAUUCGCCUCCACCAUCGCACUAUUGUAGAAUCAGAUAAUAUGAAGAGAAUUCCAAUUAUUACACUCCCUCAGUUAAAAGCAAACGCGACUCUAUCCGGUGCAAGUGUAGUUAAUAUGGAAGAAAUUAGUUUAGAUGAAGUGAAAUACAUGGCCUUUUCAUUAAAACAUAGUGCUGUUGUUGAAAGUGUUUUAAACGAUCAAAAGGACAGUAAAUUCAGUGUAAUUUUAGGAUACCUGACAUCAGGUUUUGUAGUUUUAAGUAUUUUUGUGUUCUUAUGUUAUGUCUGGCUGAAAUCGCCAAAAUGUUCAUUAUUUAAGAAAAAUCAUCGGAAUGACUCUAAAAACGAUCCCUCCGAUAAUUUUCCUCUUAGGGAUGGAGGAGUUAUGGCUCGGCCAUCCGUUCUCGAUUAG